CUCUGCUGCUCCCGCUCAGCUCCCCUCUUUCAUUUCUCCUCUGGGACAUUGCCGUCUGUCCUCCCCGGGCUUCUCCUCGGCGUCCUCGCCGCUCAGCGUCAUGGAGAGUCUGGAGAAGCAGCUCAUCUGCCCCAUCUGUCUGGAGAUGUUCACCAAGCCAGUGGUCAUCCUGCCGUGCCAACACAACCUGUGCCGCAAAUGUGCCAAUGACGUUUUCCAGGCCUCCAACCCCUACCUGUCAACAAGGAGCGGCUCCACGGUGACGUCUGGCGGUCGUUUCCGCUGCCCGUCCUGCAGACAUGAGGUGGUUCUGGACCGACACGGAGUCUACGGACUGCAGAGGAACCUGCUGGUGGAGAACAUCAUUGACAUGUACAAACAGGGCGGCACCAGUAAGCCUGUCCCAGAGGUGAAGCUCGAGCAGCCCACGUGUGAGGAGCACGAGGACGAGAAGAUCAACAUCUACUGCACCACCUGCAGCGUCCCCACCUGUUCCCUCUGUAAGGUGUUCGGCGCUCACAAAGACUGUGAGGUCGCCCCGCUCAACGACGUCUUCAACAAGCAGAAGGCUGAGCUGACCGACUGUGUGUCAAUGCUGGUUGGGAACAACGAGAGGAUUCAGGCGAUCAUCAGUCAGCUGGAGGAAACCUGCAGAGCUGUCGAUGAGAACGGUCGGCGGCAGAAGUCAAAGGUGUGCGAGACAUUCGAUCACUUGUUCGCUCUGCUAGAGGAGAAGAAGAGCGAGAUGACGGUGAGGAUCAACGCAGAGCAGGAGGAGAAGCUCGACUACAUCCGCGGCCUGAGGAGGAAGUACACGGAGCACCUGGACGGCGCCGCCAAGCUGCUCGAGACCGCCAUCCAGGCUGUGGACGAGUCUGAGAUGGCCGUGUUUCUGCAGGCGGCCAAACCGCUCCUGCAGAGGAUCGUGGAGGGCUCUGACGCGUCUCACCUCGAUAAAGUCCAGCACGGCUAUGAGAACAUGGAUCACUUCACGGCGAACUUUGAGCAUCAGAGGAGAGCGCUGACCGACAUCGACUUCAUCAAACUUGAUGAAGAUGAUGAUGAUGAUGAUGAUGAAGAUGAGGGGGAGGUCAAAGCGUCAACAACAGGAAGUCGAGCUGAUCUGCAGCAAGCUGCACCAGCAGCAGCGGUGGGACUGCCAGCCAAUCAGCAGCUUCCACUGUCACCUGGUCUUUCAGCCCCGCCCCCUACAAAAGCCUCAGAGACAACGCCCCCUGGAACCUCACAGACAAAGAACCCCGCCCCUUCAUCAUCCAGCCAGGCUCCACCUCCUCUGCCACUCCCAACUGCUGGUCCCGCCUCCCAGUCGGAUCUGCAGAGCGAGUCGGAGGACAAAGACGGACCCAAACACGUGUUCUCCUUCAGCUGGCUCAACCAGAAGUAAAACCAGCAGAGCCGGGCCGGAGCUGGAUCGUCUGAGCCUUUUUACAGAGACCUAAAGCAGUGUUGCUUGCUUCAUCUUGAUCAUCCGCAGCAAAAUAACAUUUAAAAAAAUUCAAAAAUAUAUUUUUUUUUCUGGUGAUGAAUGUUUGCUGAAAGUGCUGAUUUGUAGUUUAC